AUGCUCGAGUCGCAUCACGAAUUGGUAGUGAAGGCACUGCAACAGCUGUACACCCACUGCGUAAACAAUGAGUGUUUCCCGGGGGACCCGAUCGAUCUUGUGGAUGGCAAUCCAUGCACCCAUGCAAUUCUGGAUCGACUAGGAUUGAUCAAACAAGCUGAAGAAGCCCGGGAGAAGGUAGAGGAGGAGAGUUCAUCUCAGGCGUUGUGCUGGAAAAGUCUCCCGAAAUCGUCUGGCUCUGCUGUAACGGAUGCGUUGUCCCCAGAGCCUGUUAGUUCCCUUGAAUUAUCUCCUUCAAGUAAGAGCGUUUCUAUAUCUCCACCUGAACUCGAAUGCGCGAAAAGUGAUCCGUCGACACGUGGACAGAAUGUCCCAUGCCCCUUUUAUCAUGGUAGUGCAGCCGUAUGGCCAUUUCAAGCGCCUGACGUGGAAUUCAACCAUUCAUAUUCAUCUACUUUCGGCACGGAAGCUGAACGUAUCAUUAUUGAGCCAAGUGGUAUCCAAACUUAUCUCAGCAUUGAAACCGCAAAUUCAUUCACACCAACAGGAGCCUGUACCAUGGGCAGCACGAUACCAGCGAUAUACAGCCGCAGCAUUCAUGGAUCCUUGGAAAUUGGAAUCGAUGAUAGGAUACUGGCCAAUGUCAUCUGGGAUUGUCCUAAGGGAAUAAUCAAAAUUCUAUCUGGGAUACGUGCGGAACAUCGCGCAGCAAAGCGUGGUAAAACUCCCGAGGCCUUCUGA